AUGAAGGUAGCCUUUCUCGGGAGUCCAGUUCACUUAGAAGGUGUUAAAACAGAGGUGGAUGUUCUUCUCCAUCUUCCAUCACCAAAGCUGACUUCAACCUCUAAGAGAAUCAAGCUGGGCGAUGUGCCCUACGGCUUAGAAAUCGUGCGUACUUUCAGAUUGCGUAAUAUUGGUGGUGGACCGGCUUUCGUGGAGUUCCGUGCGCCUUCUGUAGUUGAUGAUGUCAACCUUAAUGUUGAUCCAAGUCGAGUUGAAAUCAGAAGUCAGGAAGGAGAAACAUUCAAGCCGAAUUCUCCGUCUGGCUAUCGUCCCCACCCUCCCAUUGCCACUCUUUCAAUUCGGACAACACAACGCUGGCGAAGCAUCAAAAACCAUCCACGAGAUCAACUAAAUUUCCACCCCUUGGAAGUUCCAAUCAUUGUUGAGGACGACUGUAACCAAUCACAGAUGAGCUUUGUGACCAUUCUUAUUAAAAAUGUCGAGGUCAAGCUGGCAUGUCAUCCCUCACAUGUGAUCCUUCCACCGAUUCCGCUUUCCACGCGUGUGGACAUUGACCUACAUCUGACGAUUGAUUCUGCAGAAUACAAUUUCCAAUUGGAAAAUAUCGGAUUUGCUACAUGGAACGAAAAACUCCAGAAGAAAUGUCCAUUUUCAGUCGUUCUUCCACAAGGAAAAGCAUUCCGGUCGAAAUCUAUUUCACAGGAAAUGGUUGUUCGACUGCAAAUUGAAUCAUCUCACUUCUUCGUCAUUUCCAAUCGACCCCAACCGCCCUGCCUCUUAUUCAUUGCUGAGUCUUUAAAAGGCGGCAGAAAACUUCACCUUUACGCCUGUGUGCCGUCAGGAGAAAGUUUGAUGGCAUAUCAACGAGAACUGGACUCAGGAACCAGUCACGUAAUCGAGCGGUGGCUUCGUCACUAUGGUUUUCCUGGAGGUAUACGUGGAUUAAACUUCCCCAUCGAUUUUCAACGUUGUCUAUCUCUUCACUAUAUUCAACUGCAAGAGCAACCUCAAAAGAGCAAUCAAAUAGUGCAUAGCCUUGACGUCCUGGUUGAAUGUUUGGCUCACAUGGCGGCCUCCUGGAGUCUACCUGGUGUCCCGAGAUCCCUAACUCUGCCCACUGAUGACACCGCCACUUGCAUUGGAGCACUCUACAAUCAUCACGCGGCUUUGGUUUGUUUUGUUGAAAGCCAAGGCGGUUGUGUGGGUCACAUCAUGCCAGAAUACCUGAUGACUUACAACGAUUACCUCGACUGGAUACGUAAUGGACGUCCAUGUGGAUGUGACGACCUCUUCUAUGUGGAUAUUCCGACCAAGGCAGCACUGGACGGCGUAUCACCCACUCCGACAGUUAUCUUGGGCAAUGCCAAUGGAAAUGUUUGUCUACGCUACCCUUUAACACCGACUCUUGACGAAGAAGCCUUCGACAAAACUUCUCGCAUAGCAUGGGUAGAUCUCUUUCUUCAGCUCCUAAAGACCUUGGAGAUCGGUAAAGGAACCGAGGCCAAAUUACUUCAAUGGAUCAAGAGAUCUCUGGUACACGGAUGGACCCAGUUGUGUGAGGCUAACACUCAAUUUAACACCUCAACGUGGAUCCACCUUCCCCGUCCUAGGAUUAAAAACUUUCAAGAAGAUCUCGCUAGUGGCCUUGCAUUAGCUGCUGUUAUUGCAGAUCAGGCCUCCUUCAUGAAGGAAGAAGUACUAUCUGAAGUUAAUUUGGAUCCAAAAGAUCCUCAGCUCCGAUUUCAUAAUGCUGUUCAAGUAGUCAAAGCAUUGGAGCUUAUGCGGAUGGAUGCUGACUUAACACCCGUUGACAUAUUCCAUCCAAAUGUCCUACAUAUGACGCUGGUUUUAUCUAGGCUCUAUCGCCUUCUCCCAGAGUACAAGAUCAAAUCUACGAUCUUAUUCAAAGAGUUUCUUCUCUCCACCAAUGCGAAGCGUAUCUUCUUCUGGUGUCACAGAGAGGUUAUAUUCCAAGAGGUUCAACAAUGGUAUUUCGACUCAUUGAAGAACGUGCCUGUCUUGCCCACGCGUGUGGUCCACUGGACACACACCUAUUCGUCAGACGUCACUGACAUCUCUGCUCUCGACACAACCGGGCACAGCGAGGUAUUUAAUUUCAAGACAACCUGCUACCAGGCAGUAAUUGGGUCGAUUCCAAUUCGGAAUCCCUUCAACGCGGCAGGUCAUUUCAAUCUUCGGGUUAUGGAAUCACCCCCAUAUUGUCCGGACAUGUCUCCGGGUCGUCUUCGUGGUUUCUCAUGCCGACUGUCUGAGGUAUUCCUGCAUGUAGAGAGGGUGACAAGUGUGGAGGUCGCUUUUCAUCCCUUCAGUGUUGGCAAAUACAGGGGACAGCUAGUGCUUUCAAAUCAGGAUCUAGGAGACUUUGCCAUUGAAUUGCGGGGUUGUUCUACAGCUUUCAAAACGACCUCUUCUGUAAAUAAAGAUGAGAUCUUCAAACUCCGCUGUCCAGUUAAUAUGGAGCAUUGUGUAAAUCUGCAGCUUCCGUGUAAAAAUUUGGCGAGAUAUUCAGCGAUGGAGUGGGUGGCUGAGUAUUGUCUUUCACCACUCGAAAUGGAGAGAAUUAAAAUUUCCGGAGAGUUGUGCAAUGUGGUAUCCAAGCUCCUGCUAUUCAAGGACUCGGACCCUCUGGAUACAAAAAAAACUCGUUUUCAAAUCAAAUGCGAUUCUUCAAUCGUGGAGUUACCGCGAUUUCUUGACGUGGAUCUUGGAAAAUCCGAAAGAUCUUCCCGAUAUGUGGAUCUUCCCCUUCGCAUUUUCUGCCCGAAAAAAGAAAUCCAUCACAUCAACAUUAUCCUCAGCGCUGCAGACGAUCUUCGCUGUUUUAUUAUUGAAUGUGAGGCUUUAGAAGAUAACACCGCUGAUUCCACUGCAGAUGUCCUUAAUUAUAGGAAGGACAUGUCUAUGGAACGAUUUCUUGCUGAUCCAACUGUCUUCAUAACUGAAGAGUUGGAAAAAUUGCACCCGCUAACCAAUCGAAAGGAUCGUGGCCUCUGCUUUUAUGCUGGAAGAAUUGAGAUCAAAUGUCAAGUCGGUGAUUGUACUCACAAAGUUGAUCAAUCAGAUAAACAUGACAUUUCUCUUUUUCUGCCUAAAAAUAAAUCAUCGAGAACACAGUUAUUCCGAGUUGAAAGCGACUUUCCGACAGAUAUUCUUGUAUCUGAUGCCCAUGUCAUUUCUCGACCCAACUGUCGAGGUCGUUGCCGCAUUGUCAUACCAAUAAAGCGUCGAGCCUACACGUUUGGAAAGCUUCUAUUCAGAGAAGACUCGAUGGAUAGUAGAAGGAUCCAACAAUCUGAUGAACCCGAAAUUCGUCUUCUCUACGAAGUGAACAUCCGCAUAAAGCCAGCGCCUCCCAUCCAACGUCUUGAAGUUAUCUGCCAUUGUCUGAAGGUCAAUCAAAUUAUUAUUCCUCUAAAUCUCUCCACCCCAUUGCCUAGUGAUGACCAGCAUCUACAAGUAACUUUGGAAGGCGACGAUCUCACAGGUCCAAACAUUACUGAAGAUGUUUCCAUCUACACUGCUGAAUAUAGGCCAACUUGUGUGGGCAAAGUUAAAGCUAGACAGUGUAUAGGUGUAGUGGAAAUUGCCAAUCCCUCGAGGAAGUCCUACCAUCUUUCAGUAGAGAGAGUCAACGAUAGGGUGUACGCGAUUGAUUCCUACUCGCUGCAGAAGGAAGGUGAAAUGGUCCCACUUGAGGGAGCCAAUGUGCCUCUUCCGGCCUUAAGUACUCUCUACUUGAGUGUCACAUUUAGACCUCAAGAAUAUGGACACUGUCUAAAUGAUGGUGAAAUUGUACUUAGAAGUGAAGAGCUAGGUGAGCUUCGAGUUCAGCUGCAUGGUGAAGGGAGUCUACCGACUUGGAACAGUGAGGUCUGCGUAACAUCCGAAGCCGGAAAAUCUCAACUCUUUAGCAUUUUCUUCACAAACCCUUUCCCCUAUCCCAUUGAUACACGUUGUGCUCUUGAAGCAGUUAAUUCGGUCUUCGAUCAGGAGAUGGAAAAGGCAUCCAAUGCCUUUGAGAUAAGGGGAGAGAGAGCUCGAUUUGAAAUCGUCGCCAGGAAGGCGAACCUUCACGAUGGUGGAGGUUGGGAAACACGGGAGAUUGCCUGGUCAACACCAUUAAGGGGAACUCCAACUCUGCGCGGCACGUUGGAAUUACCACCCAAAGAUCUUCUACAGGAACUCGUGCAUCCUCGUAAACAACCAAAAUCAGUUCAUCCUCUACUCAAAGUGAAAGCUGGAACUUCAACACCAAUCAAACUGCACCUCAAUCUAGCUGGCUUCGUGAAGGAUCCAGAUGAAGAUAUGGUUUUCAAUUGGAGGUUUGUUGUGGACUCCUGUCAUGAGGACACCCUCGUGGAUGCGGAUACAGUGUUACGGGAAGCCGUUUUGUUAGAGCAAACAAAAUGUGAUUUUGCGGAUCCUUCCGAUAAUGUUCCCCAUCUUGAACUCUCUGGAGUCUUUAGACCAAGUAGAUCCUUUAAAAUUGAUGCGUCUCUAUGUGUCACUUCAAAAGCUGGCGGUAUGUGGGUCUUUCCGGUCCAUCUCGAGGCCACAUUAACUCAAAAGGUGGAAAGGAGACUAAUUUUCUCCCCCCAGGGUCUAUGGAAAUCAGAUUAUAAGAAACUGCGAUUAGACAGCCGUGAAGAGUAA